CCGCCAGGUGCGUAUAUAAGGCGCACGUGCAAAUAAGGAAAUCAGCUUCUGUUCGCUGAGAAAGCCGGAAGGUGACCGGCCUAAACAGCAGGUGGCAGCACCUGUGGCAACGGGACGUGACGUCUCCGUUCCCUCCUUCAGGGAACGAGGGUUACAUCCGUAACCGAGACGUUCUGCACUUUUUAUUUCAAUAUUUCUCUUUAUAUAAAUACUAUUUUGUACUUAAAUCUAUAAUUUCAUUAUUUUACUAACCCAACUAACUCAUCUGCGCUUUCCGAUAGGUUGCACGUAAGGGGAAAAGUAUAGCUUUCUUCCCCUUCAGAAGAGUUCUGCACUUUUAAACUUUAAAAAAAUAUCUCUUUACAAAAAAAAAAAUUUUUCUUCUAUUUAAAAGCUGUAAUUUCGUUAUUUUACUAACCCAACUAAUGACUCCUCCGCUUUCCAAUAUAUUGCACGUAGAUAUCUGUGUAUAUGUGCCAUCACGCGUCUUCAGCACCGCGGGGAGCAGCCAGCACUCCAAUGUGCAGCUUAUUAAUACCAGACAAAGUUGGUAUUUCUAUCCAGAAACAUUGAAAUUUAUACAUGGUCCGUGUAACGUAAUUUAAAUCCCGCGUCUUGGCCUUAUUGUUUUUUUUUUUGUUCUUGACGUUCGCUGAAUUCAGUGCAGUAUAGCCACAAAGCUAUUUAACAAUGAGCACAAUCUCCCGAGACACUACAACAUGCUACUAAUAAUUCAUUAAUAAGAGCUGUUUUCUUGUACACAAUUAAAUAUUUUAAGUAGUGCUGUCAAAAUUAGCGCGUUAACGCAUGCGAUUAAUUUGAAAUAUUUAACGCGUUAAAAAAAAUUAACGCAAUUAACGCGGUUGCAGUUUUUUUUAUUUCCGGUUGUGGCCCAUGUGUGUUCAACGUGCAAAGAAAUAUGGAUAAGACCAAGGAAGGAGUUUUAGACGGAAAGUUUCAAUAUAAAACUCUGCCGGAUGGUUCUGUGGAUAAAACAAAAGUAAUCUGUGCAUUUUGCAAAGCCGAAUUUAAUUACCACAGAAGUAAUUCGUCUUUGGCAUAUCACUUAAAAGCAAAACACCCCACCGAAACCAUCUCUACGGGGCCUCGCCAAUGUAAAUUGCAGGAGUGCGUUCAUGGUAAAAUGACAAGAUCUGUAAGUGAUAAGGUAAUGAAUGCUUUGGUUAGUUGGAUAGCUAAAAACUGCCGACCCAUCAACAUAGUAGAUGACGAUGGACUGCGGGACAUCAUAAGAACUGCAUCCGGAGACGCCUCAUACAAUAUGCCCUCAAGAGGAACCAUCAUGUCAAAAAUACACACUUUGUAUGACGAUGAGAAGGCACGGAGGAUGAACACAUUACAGCAAGCGACACACAUCGCACUGACAGGGGACCACUGGACUUCUGUGAGCAAUGACAACUACUUAGGCAUCACAGCGCACUUCGUUGAUAAAGAAUGGAAAUUGCAUUCAUUCGCACUAACCGUGUCUAAAACUGAGGAACGACAGUACGCUGAGGCAUGUGCGGAUCAUUUUCUCGAUGUGGCAAGGGAAUGGGAAAUCGAGGACAAGUUAAGCACACUUGGCACUGACAGUGCUCGUAAUAUGGUUGCUGCCGCGAGACUACUUCCAUUUGAACACCUGCCCUGCACGGCCCACAUUUUGCAACGAACUGUCACAGUUUCCAUUCACGGCAGUGGAUUUGAAAGUGUCCUAGCUAAAUGUCGCAAGAUCGUUGGGCAUUUUAAGCAUAGUCCAUCCAACGCUCACGAACUAAUGGAACAGCAAGUUGCAUGUGGACAGAAACAAGAAUCUCUCGUUCAGGACGUUACGACUAGAUGGAAUUCUACCCUAGAGAUGGCCAAGCGAAUUCAGCGAAACAAAUCUCCACUGACCACUACCCUGGCUCAGCAAAAGAGCAAUGUUGCCAUGUUGACUACACAGGAGCUCGCCAAACUGCAAAAGCUGGAGGAACUACUUGAACCUUGCAGAUAUGUAACUGAACUGCUGGGAGGAGAGCAGUACAUCUCCUGCUCAGUGGUAUUGCCAGCCUUGUGCCACUUGUUCAAAAUUAUGGAGUCCACAGAGGAUGAUCCAGCCUAUGUAGUAAAAUUCAAAAAUGAUUUUACUUCAGACCUAUCUAAAAGGAAGGACAACACUAAUCUCACAUGGCUGAAGAUCGCUACUGCAAUUGACCCAAGGUUUAAAGACCUAAAGUGUCUUCCCAAAGAUGAAAGGAAUGAGGUGUGGGCUUCACUAAGCAAGCUGUUAAUGGCACAGAGUCCUGGAAAACAAGAGUCUAAAGAGACAACAGACCAACAGCCACCAAAGAAGAGAAGGAUCUCCGUCUUGCUGGUUUCUUCUGAUUCAGAGUCAGAUGAAGAAGAAGAGUCCAUAGAACAGUGUCUUAACCGCUACAAAGCAGAGCCCAAAUUGCACAUGGAGGGUUGUCCACUACAGUGGUGGAAAAAGAGAGAAGCAACACAUGCAAGGCUGGCACCAAUAGCAUGCAAGUAUCUGUCAACCCCUGCUACAACGGUGCCUUGUGAGAGACUGUUCUCACUCUCAGGUCACAUCGUUCAAAAGAAAAGGGCCACAUUGUCCCCUGAUAAUGUCAACAGACUGGUCUGUCUCAGCAACUGGCUGAAUGUAAAGGAGGACUAAGCAAAAUAGUUUCUACUUCAUAAUUAAUGUUCUCAACUCUCAGCAAUACAACGUUACAAUGAGUACAAUUGUUUGUAUUCAUUCCUUUAUUAUUAUUAUAUUUUCCAAUUUCCAUAUUUGCAAUGACUAUACUUUGGAAUUUUUUUGCAGUCCACUUAGAAUUCAACAUGGAAAUCAUUUUUGUUUUUUAUUUGCAUUGAUUGUUUUGAAAUUCAAAUGGCACUUACAUGCCUGUUUUUAUUUCUGUAAUAAAUAUGGCUUUCAAGCCAACAGUUAAUUUGGAGGAUAUUGAUGGUUUAUUGCAGGUAUGUUGUUUACAUGAGAAAAUCUGUGUUACAAGUUAAACAAAAAUUCCAAUAAACAAUCAUAUUUUGAAUUUAAAUAGUUUCUUUGUCUUGAGUUUACAUUAAUUAUUUACGUUUUACAUUUACAUAUCCAAAAAGUUUGUCUUUUAAUUGCGAUUAAUCGCGAUUAAUUUCAAAAGAUUGUGCGAUUAAUUAGUUAAUUUUUUUUAAUCGAUUGACAGCACUAAUUUUAAGUUAAAUGUACAGUGUUGAAACAUGUAAAAAAGAUCUAUAUAAGAUUUUAAAAAUGUCAAGAUCAAAUGCCUGAGUAACAGGGUAUUAUGUGUAUGUUUUCGUGUGCGUGUGUUUGUGGGUGUUUCCAAAAUAUUUUCAAAAUAAAGAAAAACAAGACAAAGCUGUGCAGUUUGUUUCUGUGUAAGUUUAUAAACAAAAUGAUUGGAACACAAUUGUGAUUCUGUGAUUCUAAAGGGCACCAGGUGAAAUCUUGCCUAGGGCAGCAAAUUGGCCAGCAAAUUGUGCUCAUUGUUAAAUAGCCUUUGUGGCUAUACUGCACUGAUUUGCUUAAUAUGUCCAAUUUAUAAUAACACAGUUUUCUGUAGGAAUUCUGUAUGCAACUCUAUGUUUUCCUAUAGCUUUAGAAACAGUAUGGUCACUGCUCAAAAACAUGAUGGGAAAUCAGCCUUGUAGUCUAGUAGCCAACUAGGUGAACCCGGAAAUGUUGAGUACACCAAAGUUUUAUUGCAUGAAUGGGAAGUAUAGGUCCCCAACAUACAGAAACUACCGGAUGCUAAUUUGCAUAUGUUGAGCAAUUUGCAUAAUUUGCAUAAUUAGCAAUAUUAGCUUAAUCGUCCAUUUUGACCACAUAUUUUGCACUAAAUGGCCAAUUUCUACAAUAUGUGAGUGGUUUUAGAGGUUUUAGAUGAUGCUGAUUUCAUUUCUGGCAUUUUCAGAUUUUAAAGAGCUAAUUUUAUUACAUAUUUUGAUUUAUUUAUUCAAAUUUUUAUUACUUUCAGUCAUAAUUU